UUCAGAGGGUUUUGGCGAUCGGAAUUUUUUAAAAUUUAUAUAAAAAGAAAAUAAAGAAUUUGUUUUUCAUAUUUUUACGGCGAAGAAAUUUUUUUAGAACUUGUUUUUGGUUUGGCGUUUGGAGUUUUUAGGAUUAAAUUGAAAAAUUAUGGGAUAGGAAACGAGAGAAUGUGGUGAAACAAAGACGAUCUUCGUUUGUUUCUCCGAUCUCUUGUGGGAUUUACAGAUCUCUUCUUCGCUUGCAAGUGGGGUUUUCGCCGGAAUUUCAUUUUCCGGUGAAAUUUGGAAGCUAAUUGUUUCUUCAGGAAUUAGUUUGUGCUGUGACUUUGUGAGCAGUAGUCACAAAGUGGAAGUGUGUUGAUCUCUGUGUACUGUUCAUAUUUGUGCUAUGACUUCUAAAAUAUGGUGCUUCAGAAGAGGUUAGAUUAUGGAUUUCAUGACUACCAAGUGCCAACAAUGCCUCGAGCUACCAGAUCGGCUAGGAAGAGAAGUAUAUGUAAAAAGGGCACUGAAAGUAGUCAAAUGCGUGCGUUCGAUUUGUUGGCCACUGUUGCUGACAAGUUGUUGCAUGGGACAGAAGGUCCUACUACUAAUACUAUCGAUACAUCAACCGAAAAAGAUAGGUACACGGUUGUGGACAAAGAAUUGAAUGUGGACAGUUUGUGCAAAGUAGAACCUUCUCAGGGCUUUGUCGCAGAGCUUGUUUUAUCUGGUCAUGAUAAUAAAUGUGAUUCAAAGGAUUGUUUUCCACAGCAUAAUGAGCAUGUUGAACAUUCACUGCCAUUAGCUUCUGAAGUAACGAAUUUCGACAAGAACAACAAUGAAAUGGGAAAUUUAGCUAGCGAAGUACGUGUAGGCUCCCCCAGUAGCAAGGAGUCCGAUAACUGUGAAUUGGAUGGUAAAAAUGAAGUUAUAGUAAAAUAUGAGUUGCAUAAAACUGAAGAGGUGCUUACUAGAACUCAGGAUCGGGGGGAUGACUCAUGCAAGAGAGAGGAUCCCAUUAUCUGGGACCAGAAAGCUUGUGUGUUGGGAAAUUCGGUUAGUUGCGGCAAGAUGACUCACAACAAACAGAUUGUUCAGAACUCUUAUUUUGCAACUCAGAAUAAUGUAAAAGUAGUUGAUAGAGACGAUGACGAAAACUCUUCUGGGUGUACUCACCCAGUCUCCUCAAUAAAGUCCUUUAGGACAGUACCUAGUAGUAGAGACCGAAGGAUAAAGAAAGUAUCUGCUUCCAAGUCUUGGAAAGUAGUUCCAAGAUAUAGGGAUGAAUCGCUUUCUAAGACUGAUGGCGUUUGGAAAUCAAUGUCGUGCUGUAAGAGCUCUCAUGACAGUUGCAGACCCCAGAAAUCUCAAAUGAAUAUUCCUUUUAAAAAGAGGAAAUUCUUCGACUGUAGUAGCUCAGUGUCGAAUUCUGAUGGUGGAAUUAACUCAGAGGGCGUUUCUGAUUCAAAUGGGAAGGUUGCCAAGACGGAUAGCUCAGGGAGAUCGUGUUCUGUAUCAGGUCACGGCCAUCACAAAUCUUUCCAAUCCAAGGAUUCUCAUGUGAAAAUUAGGAUAAAAUCUUUUAGGGUGCCAGAGCUCUUUAUUGAAAUUGCAGAGACUGCAACUGUUGGUUCAUUGAAGAGGACCGUUAUGGAAGCAGUGACGGCUAUACUUGGCGGAGGAUUACGUGUCGGUGUUCUUCUUCAGGGGAAGAAGGUUAGAGAUGACAAUAAAACUUUAUUCCAGACUGGAAUCUCUCAUGACAACCAGCUCGAUUCGUUGGGAUUUGCCCUUGAGCCUAAUCCUUCACGAACGCCUCUUGUGUUGUGCCAAGAAGAUUCUCCAUGUAUUCUUCCAUGUGAUGCCCCGGAACCACUAACCAGGUAUUCACCGGAUGUCUCUGCAGAUCAUCCAAGCAGUAGCAACGUGUUGCCUGAGCCUCAUGGAAACUCUUUAGGCAAUUUCAUUGAAAGUGAUCAUGAUUCAGCCCCCUCUCCGACCGAUACGUCAAAUCACAAAAGCACGGUGGACUCUAAAGCGCUGGUCACUGUACCAGCAAUGACAGCAGAGGCGAUUUCUGUGGUUCCCAUGCAUCGAAAAUCAAAGCGGUCCGAGGUUGCACAGAGGCGAAUUCGUAGACCCUUCUCUGUCGCUGAAGUGGAGGCAUUAGUUCAAGCUGUUGAGAAACUUGGUACAGGAAGGUGGCGAGACGUUAAACUCCGCGCAUUUGACAACGCAAAGCAUAGAACUUAUGUGGAUCUGAAGGACAAAUGGAAAACACUGGUGCACACAGCAAGAAUAUCCCCGCGGCAAAGACGGGGAGAGCCCGUGCCACAGGAGCUUUUGGACCGAGUCUUGACCGCACAUGCAUACUGGUCAAAGCAGCAAGCUAAGUACCAGCUGAAGCGCCAGCCCGAGAGGUUUGUCCUUUGAGUUGGUUGGUUGGUUGGUUGGUUAUAUAUAACAUAUAGCAUAUAUAUAUAUAUGGUCGUUGUGACUAUUCUUUUUUCCUUCUUUUUGGGGUGGGGGGGUUGGGUUACAAGAAAGGUGUUGUAAAAAUUAAAAGUUGAGGAAGGGGUGGUGAUAUGAUAUGAUGAAGCAAUGGAGUGUUAUAUUUUGGUGUAAUAUUUGGUGGGUCUGUCCAAAGAUUGGUUCUUUUCCUUCAUUCAUGCAGGGAGAGAGGCUGUUCUUCACAACUUGUAUAAAUCAUUGUUGGAAUAAGAGCUUGCUAACGGAAUUCGUUUCAUUUUC